AUGAGGCGGCGGCCGGGGGUGGCGGGGCUGCAGACAGCAGCAGCAGUGAGGGGGCAGUACCGGACGCUGGGGGAGGAUGUGGCGAAGCAGCGCCAGGAGUCGCUGCGGCAGCAACUCGACACCUUCCAAGGCUUCCUCACAGACUUUGCUCAAAAGCACAAGAGCGAUAUCCGCAGCAACCCGGCGUUCAGGGCGCAGUUCCACGCCAUGUGUGCGCAGUGUGGGGUGGACCCCCUCGCCUCCAACAAGGGCUUUUGGAACGAGCUGCUGGGCUUCGGUGACUUCUACUACGAGCUAGGAGUGCAGCUGAUAGAGACGUGCAUGGCAACGAGGGCGGACAACGGGGGGAUGAUCAAUCUGGAGGAGCUGCGGCGCCUCGUGGCGGGCAGGCGCCGCAUGCCUCUGGGCGCGCUCUCACAUGACGACUGCAUGCGCGCCCUCGCCACCAUCAAGUCCCUAGGAGGAGGGUUUGCGGUGGAGAAGGUGGGGGCGACACACGUGGUGCGCUCGCUUCCUCGAGAGCUCAGCACUGACCAGAACGACAUCCUCCGCCUCGCGCAGGCGCGUGGGUGUGUGAGCAUCGCUGACAUUCUCUCGGCCACGUCAUGGCAGCCCGGCCGAAUCAACGAUGCUCUUGACGCCCUGCUCAAGCACCAUCUGCACUUGCACAUGUGCUACGAGCUCCCGUUUUCUCAGUCGCCCCCUUUUCCCUCUGCCUCUAUUCGUCUUCCCGUUUUCCCUCUCCGCAUUCUCUCCCCAUUCGCUCCCCAUUCACUCCCCAUGCUCUUCCCAUGCUCUUCUCCCAUCCAGGAGGGCAUAGCCAUGGUGGACGAUGGCGAUCCUGAUGGCCACCGGCGCUACUGGUUUCCAUGCUUUGACAUGCUUCGUCUUUUCCUCUUCCCCGUUUCUUUCUUCCCAUGCUUCCCCCCCAUGCAGGAGGGCAUAGCCAUGGUGGACGAUGGCGAUCCUGAUGGCCACCGGCGCUACUGGUUUCCGUGCUUUGACAUUGCCGCUCCAGCAUCGCUAUAG